AUGCCAUCCGAAAAACAUUGGAACUACGAAAAGGACAUUGUCCGCUCCUCCAUCAACGGUGUGUGUCUUGCCAACCCGUUUUUGAAGUACAUCGAGGCCGAGAGAGUGGUGUACAACUCCAAGCCAUCCGAAAACAAGGUCACACUUGUGUCCGGCGGAGGAGCCGGCCACGAGCCAACGCAUCUAGGCUUUGUCGGGGACGGGUUGCUCGACGUGGCGGUGUCUGGGUCGAUUUUUGCCUCCCCCUCCGUCAAGCAGAUUCUCGCCGGUGUGAACUCCAAGCCUUCCAAGAAGGGAACAAUCAUUAUCGUGAAGAACUACACAGGUGACAUCCUACACUUCGGGUUGGCUGCGGAGCGUGCUAAGUCUCAGGGCACCAAUGCCGAGAUGUUGAUUGUCCAGGACGACGUUUCCGUCGGUCGGACCAAGAACGGGAUGGUUGGUAGAAGAGGGUUGUCCGGUACUGCGCUUGUCCACAAGAUCGUGGGCGCCAAAGCCGCUCUGGACAACCACGCCGCAUCCCUCGACGAAGUCCAUGCCCUAGGCCAGAAGGUGAUUGAGAACUUGAUCACCAUCGGUGCGUCUUUGGACCGUGUCACCGUGCCCUCCUCCAAGGCAGACUAUGACGAGGCAGCAGAGGACAAGAGCGACGAAGAGGACGAGCAGAUUGACGAGUUGGGCAAGGACGAGAUUGAAAUCGGCAUGGGUAUCCACAACGAGCACGGAAUCAAGAGAGUCAACCCUAUCCCAACGGCUGAGCAUUUGGUAGAGACGUUACUCCAAUACUUGCUUGACCCUAAUGACAAGGAGAGAUACUACGUUCCAUAUGAGAAGGACGACGAGUUUGUCCUCAUGGUAAACAAUCUUGGUGCCACCUCUAACUUGGAAUUGUAUGCCAUCCAGUCGAUUGUCACCGAAAAAUUGGCCUCAUUGUACAAGAUCAAGCCAGUGAGAAUCUACACGGGCUCCUUCACUACUGCUUUGGACGGUCCUGGGUUCUCCAUCACGAUGUUGAAUGUCACCAGGGCUGGCGGCAACGAAAUCUUGAAAUGUCUAGACCUCCCAACCUCCGCUCUUGCCUGGAACUCGGCAGUCACCCCCGCACAGUGGUCCGAGCUAGGCUCUCACAUCAUUACGGAGCCUCCAGCCAUCAACAAGGCAUCUUCUAACGUCAAGUUCAGCCCGGCCACAGUCGAAGCCAUCUUGAAGGAGGGCUGCAAGAGGGUGUUGGAGGUUGAGCCAAAGGUCACCAUGUACGACAGCGUUGCCGGUGACGGUGAUUGUGGUGAGACCUUAGCGUCUGGUGCGCACAGUAUCACAAAGGCAUUGCACGAAAAGAAACUCGACACUAAGGACGCCGUCAAGAUGUUUGACGAAAUGGGUGAUUUGGUUGAAUCCGCAAUGGGUGGUACCUCUGGUGGUUUGUAUUCCAUCUUCAUCUCCUCCAUGGGAACUCACCUUAAGAAACAGGAGGAAAGCAGAGGUGGCUUUACCGUAUCGGAGAAGGAUUUUGCAGACACUGUGGCCGCAGGAUUGGCAGGUCUACAGAAAUACACUCGUGCACGUGUCGGAGGCAGAACCCUCAUGGAUGCGUUGAUCCCAUUCGUCGAGACUUUCAAGGAUACGUGCGACGUUUCAAAGGCAGCAGAGGCGGCCCAGAAAGGUGCCGACAGCACCAGAAAGUUGGCCGCCAAGUUCGGAAGAGCCUCGUACGUUGGUGAAGAUGAAUUCAAAAGAUUCGACAGUGAAGGUGGUCUUCCAGACCCAGGUGCCAUCGGCUUGGCUGCCCUUCUCGGGGGCUUUGUUGCCGGCUACAAGAGCGUGUAA